GACCGUGGCAAAAAAAAAAAAUCCUUAUUUGUGGCAACGGCCAACGCCUCUCGGCACGUGAUCGGGACGAUGCUUGGAGUUCGGAUCAAAAAGUUUCUGCCGACCUCAGCGGACCCGAGGGCCAACGAAGCCCAAAGCCCACAGACGACGCUACGGCCUCGCCUUCCGUUUCUGCACGUUCCUUCUCUGGAAGCCGAGGCCCGCUCGCUCGAAGCGGCUGUUGCGCCGCUCAAUUUCAAUCCGGAGGCUGAAGCCACGGGGGAGAAGGGCGCAUGGUUUCCGCAGCGCGCGCUGCAUCCCUUCUGGCCUUGUUGCGGCCUCCGGAGCGCGGAUCUUGACAUCGGCGACGACAACGGCGAGGAGGAGGAUCUUCUCACGGCACUGCGACCCUGCGAGAUGGACAUCGUAUGUGAAGUGUGUGGUGUUGUUGGCUACAGGCAACUUUUAAUACAAUGUAGCAAUUGCAAAAAUGCUGCAAGGCACCUAUAUUGUUUGGACCCGGUAAUUUAUGAUGCCUCAGCAAUUGAAUGGUUGUGUGACGAUUGUCCUCCAAAACAUAAUGAAGCUUCUGAUCUUACUGUAGAAACACAAAAGGCAGUGGGUGCUGUUGGGCCUACCAUGAACACAAUGGAGUGUCUGGACCUCUCAAUGGGAAAAGAUGGCUGCUCUUUUUCACAGAAUUGUGUUGAAGGCUUCACCCAAGGAACAAAGUCUGACUUUUUUUCUUCAAUCAAUGAUGUUGAGACAUCAUAUCCAUUUGUUAAGGGUAGUUCUUGUCCUACACUACCGAAUAUGGAGCAAAAAGAUGGUGUAUUGGAAAAUGCGGAACAACCUCAUCUUUUGGAGAUGGUUAAUCUUGAUGGUACAAGCCAUUCACUUGUGGACCCUCCAUUAGAAAUCAAAGAACAAGGAGCGGAAGCUGGCUUAUUUGCUUCAGUUGAAGAUGUCGAGCAAACCCAUCCCAUUUUAACUGAUGAAACUAGUCCUAUAUGGUCAAGUGAGGAGCAAGUAGACGGUUCUUGUCCUGCAUCGGAAAGCCGGGAGCAACCUGUUCCUUUCAAGGUGGUUAUACUCGGACCAUGGCAUGAUGUGCCAAAUAGCAUCCUAAGAUCAAGGCCUCCUUCAAACUACUCACAGUCCAUGCAAGGAUCAGAUCUAUAUGUUGGAAAUGUGGAUGUAUUGGAUCUUUCUAAGGAGCAGUUGGACUCGAGGUUAAAACCUGAAGAACAAGGAGCGGAGGAUGGCUUAUUUGCCUCAGUGGAAUAUGUUGAGCAAACACAUCCCAAUUUUACUGAGGAGAAAGUAGAUGGUUCUAUUCCUACACCAGCAAGUUCGGAGCAACCUGAUCAGUUGGAGGUGGUUAGACCAUGGGAUGAUGCGCCGAAUAGUACCCUAAGGUCAAAGCCUCCAUCAAACUACUCACAGCCAAUGCAAGGAUCAGAUCUAGAUGUUAGGAAUAUGGAUGCCUUGGAUCCAUCUAAGGAGUGGUUGGACUCAAGGUUAUUGUCAAAUACGGUAGAGCCAUCAAGUUCCUCAAAUGGAGGAGGCACAUCUGUUGAGAAAGACAACAUUGAAAAAACAGAACGCUUGUCAGGCAUUGACACCGUCACCCCUGGACUGGAUAAUGUCCAGGGAUCAAAUCCCUCAGCAGAGCCAUCAAGUUCCUCAACUGGAGAAGGAAACUCAGCUGUUGAAAAACACAGUGCUGAAAUGACAGAAUGCUUGUUAGGCAUGGGAAUUUUGAACCCUGCACUGCAUAAUGUCCAGGUAUUGAGUCCCUCGACACCAAAAGAAUGCUUGGUUUCUAGCGCAGACAAGUCAGAUGUAGCAAAUAGGUCAGAUGAAAUUAAUCACAGUCUCGAUGAUUUUAACCAAAGUAAUCCCAAGCCAGUGCUGAAGGGAAGAGUCUCCAAAAUGAUGUGCCCAAGACUUGCGUUUCAACUGCCAAAAGUGUUGCCUGUAUGCGAACAUCACAAAAGGGAGAUGUCAUUGCCUUCCAAGCAUGUUAGUCCACGGAAAGCAACAAAAAGUAGCUUUAGAAAGCAAUAUGAAGGACCAAACAGACAUGUUUCACGUCAUACUGAACAUCAGAAAACCAAACUCGUUAUGAAGGACAGAAAUACAGGUCCUGCUCAUAUGAGAAGUUGUAGGCCAACAAAGCAAAUUGAUUGUACUUGCUCAAGUGCUUCCUUGGAUUCAUCUACAAAGACUAAGGAAGUAAAUGAUGCAGAACCAAGAUGUUCUAAAUCUGUAAAAACUUUUGAGAAUGUCAUGGCCAAGAAAAGAAAACGACCUAUUCUAUCAUAUGAUGAAGAUGCCAAGGCCAUGCAGAUGGAAGUGAGGAUGCGCAGGAGACACAGGGAAAGUGGUGUGAUGAAGCUGCGAAGAUCCACAGAAAAUUCUGAUGAAGCGAUGUGUCCAGGAAAUUCAAAUAAUCAACUUACCAAUGAUCAUACGAAGGCAAGGAAGCAGAGAAGGGCCAACAAAGACAAUAAAACACCACCAGUGAACGCUAGUGUUCCAUGCACACAGAUUGAUGCUGCACGAUUAGCAUCAGAUCAGCAAAGCUUUAUUUGCACGCGACCCAUUGAUAGACCUUACUGGACUGGAAUCAUGAAGAUUGGCCAGGAAUAUAUUUCAUUGGUUGCACACCUGUCAAAUCAAGCAUGCAAGAAGGUGCAGGAAUUAUCGAUGUCAUUACCACCACUAAUGAAAGUAACAAAGCAUUCAAAGUUGAAAGCCUGGCCAGGGAGGUGGAAGGCAUCGGAACCUACUGCUGAAUGCGUUGGCUUGUAUUUCUUCUCAGAUAAUAUGAGGGAACUGGAUCAACUUGUGCAUUAUCUCAAUGAUCAUAGCUUAGUCCUAAAAUAUGUCGUUGGCUUUGCCAAGCUGCUGAUCUCCCCGUCUGUUUUCCUACCAGAGCAAUGCCAAACGUUCCAAGGGAAACGCUAUCUGUGGGGAGUGUUCAAGCGCAGGAUGAAUACGGGGAGAAUACAUCAUGUGAAUGCAAAGUGACACCCUAGUCCAAUAAAUCCAUGUUGUGAAGGGUAUCGCUAGCUCAAAGAGACAACAGUUCGCCAAGCACUGUUGAUGCCUUUUUGAGCUGAGACCGACCCCUGUGAUCAUAAGCAGCCCCGCGAGAACUCUCCCCUACCCAGGCUAUCGGGCCUUGUCAUUGUGCGGACGUCUGAGGUCGGAGCACUUCAUUUGUUUGGGAGCUGGAAAAAUGAAGGUGCACUGGUUGGUUUCUCUGAACUUGUGAAAGGGUUAGCGAAGGACCGUACUGUAAUGUUCAUGGCCUGGAGGAAUGAUGCAGCAAGUAGGAUCAGAAAUCAGAACUAGCCAGCGACAAUCACGCUCCAGCUUCUGAAACGUUGCUGUAGCCUUUUGUUGAUGUUCAGGACUGGGAGCUAGAUUGUCACGAUUUGACACUGAGGACGUUACUGUGCCUGCAAGCCUAACCUAAGAUGUAUCAAGCAUCAAGUGCUGCUGCUGCUGCUAUGGAAGGUCUUAGCCAAAAUUAAAUUAUGUUUCUAAGCUCUGCAUGCAUCUUAACCUGCGCUAAUAGGUUUUCUUGAUGGCCUCAAUGGGAGCAGCAGGAACCUACUACUUUUUAUGCGCAUAAACUGGCACUUCGCAUGAUGUACUUGUUCAUAAGUUGGUCAAAAAGUCGGUUCCGUGGGGUAAAUCC